CUUCCCUCACGGCUGUAGUUUGUUAGCAUAGCUCUGUAUUUAGCUCAACGGUUUACGGCCAAUUUUUGCAUGGGUGGUCUCGCUGUACGCGUACAGUUGUGGGUGGUGGGGCUGAAUAUUAUGAAAAAUGUAGCGUCAUUUUAAACACGUUGUCGGCACACUGCACUAGUCCAGAUGAAUACAUUUGAAUUAUGGCUAGCCGCUUAAGUAUGUUCUUGUGCCGGUUUGAUUUGUUUUUCUUUGUGGAAAGGUUGGAGUUAAAUGGUCCAGCGGCGAAGUGACCAUGGACCCGCUGUCAAACCACAGCUCCUACCUCCUGCAGCAGCUCCAGGAGCAGAGGAUUCAGGGGCUGCUCUGUGACUGUAUGCUGGUGGUCAAAGGUGUGUGCUUCAAGGCACACAAAAAUGUUCUGGCUGCCUUCAGCUCAUAUUUCAGAUCUUUGUUCCAAAACUCGCCCAGUCAGAAGAAUGAUGUGUUCAACUUGGUUAUCCAGGAUGUCAGUGGCAUCGGGCAAAUAUUGGACUACAUGUACACCUCCCAUCUUGAUAUUAACCAAGAUAAUGUACAAGCACUGCUGGACAUUGCGCAGAAUCUACAGGUUCCAAAUGUUCAGAGUAUGUGUAAUGCUUUCCUUAAACCCUGUCCUCCACCAGUGGAAAUGCCACCCUUCACUCUCACGGGCAUGUUAGGUUCAGACCAUGAUUGCCUUUUGGGGAGCAGUCUUCCUCAUGAUGUUGACCUCCAGUGUCCCUCUGAGCCUCAGAGGUCUGGCUUCUACAAUGACAUGGAACAUGCUAGAAGGAUGGCGGCUGUUCCUAACAGCGGUUCAAACUGUGACUUACCAAGCGGCGCUCAGGCACCUGCAGAAAAGCAGCUAGUUCAUGGAUACAAGCUCCGUAAUUUCUACAGUAAGCAGUACUUCAAACAAAGCGCAAUUCAGACUAACACCGCUGCCUCAAACCAAGGCCCGGGACCGUUGGUAUUGCUGGAGGAGCAGCAGUGUCAGCUUGGAAUCAACCAAGGUGGUAACACAAACCCUGUGAGGUCAGGGAAUACUGUUCAGCACAACCCCUCUUGCACAUCUAUAGCGGUGGAAAAAACCCCAGUUUCCUCAUUGACGCCCUCGGAUAAUUUAAACCCUCCUAACUCUGAUUUAGCUGAUGCCAUGGAGAACAAGCCUGUUCGCCCAAAGAAGGCUGUUUACCUGAAAAAAUACAACUACCUCCGGUCUCAGAUGGCUUUGGAGGAGAUGUGUGCUGAGUCGGUUACUGAACCCGUCCUCAGCUGUCCCAAAGAGAGCCAUCGGGAGGAGUCUGCGGUCCAAACCGAGGCCCCAGAACCUCCUGUGGAAGCAGGCGCUGCCAGUAGAGAGGAGGACUCAUCUGAAACAGCAGACGUCCAGCUGCCUGUUCCUCCUCCCAUAAACCACGAGGAGCCAAAUCCGAAGCCUGCGGCAGAACCUGUACAGCAAACGGGACACAAACAGUACUGUUGCGAGGUUUGUGGGAAGAUCUUCAAACACCCGAGCAACCUGGAGCUACACAAGCGCUCCCACACCGGUGAGAAGCCCUUCCAGUGCAACAUUUGUGGGAAAAACUUCUCGCAGGCUGGAAAUUUACAGACGCAUUUGCGACGACAUUCUGGAGAGAAGCCAUACAUCUGUGAGUUAUGCGGCAAAAGCUUUACUGCAUCUGGGGAUGUCCAUCGUCACAAAGUGGUUCACACAGGAGAGAAGCCACAUCUGUGUGAUAUAUGUGGCCGAGGAUUCAAUAACCUAAGUAAUCUUAAGGAGCACAAGAGGACCCAUGGAACAGAUAAGACGUUUACCUGUGACCAGUGUGGAAAAUCUUUCAACACGCACAGAAAGCUCCUCAAGCACAAGGCCCGCCAUGCCGGGGAGAAACCGCACAGCUGUGCCACAUGUGGGAAGUGCUUCAUUGGCUCAGGAGACCUGCAACGACAUAUAAGAUCCCACACCGGUGAGAAACCCUACAUCUGCAAUACCUGCGGAAAGAGCUUCACCCGCUCGGCCAUGUUGAGGAGGCACAGCAGCUUACACUGCAAAGGGCCUCCGAUGGAUAGCCCCGUCCCCGUCAGCUCAGAGCAGACACAGGACUCAGAUUCGGCCUCAUUCGCCAAACCCAACAGCCACGACAAAGCACCUUCCACUGCCACGGAGCAGCACUUUUCUGCCAUGAUGCCCAGCACGGGGUCGGAUAAACCCUCACCGCCUUCUCCUGCAACCCCACAAGCCACAGCACAGGUAGACACUCCGCCUCCCAGCAUCCACCUCAGCCCGGCCGCCACCUCCCUCCCAGAGCUGCGCUCCCUGGUUCCCCAUCACCUCCUGUCAUCCAGCCACCAGGAAAGAAGUGCCACAGACCGUGUUAAGGGAGCCAAACCCCUUGCGGUUCAGGAGGCCGUUUACGGGCCGUAUGCAGAGAAUGGGAACAUGUCUGUGGACAGAGACUCGGCAGGGAGACCCUACUUGCCUUCGACAGACACUCCGUGUGGUUCCAUUUCAGGGUCCAACAGGUCUCACAGGUCUAAUGAGGGCCAGUUUAUCUCAAGUGUAACUCUGUGGGGCCUGGCAAUGAAGACACUCCAGAAUGACAAUGAAAUGGAGCAGUGAAAUAUUUAAUUUAUCAAAGACAAGCGCAACAUGUCGACAUUGACUGCCCGAGGGCGAGUGGGGAAUUUUUACAUACAUAUAUAUACAUAUACAUGUACAUGUAU